AUGUCCUACCGAUCCGGGGCACGAUCCUCCGGCUACGGAUCGUCGGCACGUGCAUCUAGCUCCCUCGGAACAAGUUCGUCAAGUUACUCGAGAGGCAGUGGCUACACGGGAGCGACCGGUCGGUCUUCAGACUAUCGUUCUGAAGCCCGCGCCAGUUCGUCUUUAGCUUCAGACAGAAGAAGCAGUGCUACAGCGUCGUCAAGUAGAUAUUCAGAUUACACCAAGACAUCUAGUGACAAAUAUGGGGUCACAGAUUAUCCUUCCGAGAGAAGAAGCAGCCGACCAACCACUGACAAGUACUCGACCGACAGGUACUCUAGUUUGAAAAGUGACACAAAUGACUACAGCUCAACCAGAAGCCGUGAUUACGGUGACUACAAAAGUGAUUACAAAAAUGACACAAAGGACUACCUGAGCACAGACAGACGUUCCAGUACACUUGGAGACUACAAUAGACGGUCGAGUUCUACAACAGACUAUGCCAGUCCAUCUAGACGUAGAUCCAGAGAUCCAAGUUCUGACGUCAAAGACACCGAUUACGGUAAGAGAACUCGAGACACUUCAGUCGAUUACUCCCGGAAAGGUCACGACAGAAGCUCGAGCAAGACAAGAGAUUACCUUGGUACUUCCAAAGGAGAUACUGAAAGAAGCGGCCGAGACUCAGCUACAGACUUUCUACGACAACGAGAUGUCAGCACUGAUCGCCCAGCUAGCAGAGACUUCAACAAAGACUACAGCGACCACAAACGACAGUCAAGCACGCUCAGAGAUGCUAGUACGACCAGAACGACUGACCGAGAGUCUUCUAGAGACUUUGCCAAAUCGAGAACGGAAGGAUCUGAACCAAGGUCUCAGGUCAAGAAGAAGUCCAUGUUCAGUGAUCUGACAGAUGCCUUGGCCAAACACGAACAGACUUUAGGCCAAGACGCUGUCAAACUGAAGUCUAAGUCCAGAGAUUUAAGCAGUAAAAGGAAAAGUCGUGACACUUCGGCAAAAGAACUCAUGAGGUCAGCUGAAGAGCGUCGCAAGUCAAGAACGAGGGAUCAGAGCUCGGAUGCCAAAUCCGGAAGUGACUACUUAAAGCGACAAACGGAGAAACUUCUGGCAGAAGUCGAAGCCAGUCGGAAUCAGAAGAAAGAAAAGAAGAACGCUUUUGCUGACUUGACUGAAGUUUUGGCUAAAACAGAGAAAAGCCUAGGCCAAGACAUCGAAGCUUUAAAGUCGAAAUCAAAAGACUUGGCCGACAUGAAAAAGCGAGGCACAUCCAAAGACUACAACAUACCUGACUACCCAGAAAGGAAACAGCGACGUCGCGACCUCAGUGUAGACGCCAAAAAGUCUCGAGACCUGAGUUUGAAUCGACCAAACAGAGAUCAUAGUGAAGGUCGGUAUGGUCGUGAUUUAAGUGUCGGUGUACCUUCUGGCAGAGGUACUCCCACUGAUUACCUAAAGUUACGGUCAAGAGACUUAAGUAGCGACAGAAGGACAAGUCGCGACGUGUCAGCCGACUACUUGAGUUCAGGUAGAACUUCACGCAACUAUGGGUCAGACUUAUCCAAUAUUGAACCUAAUUUGUACACUCCUAAACGAUCAGCUUCAGUAUCAGCCAAGGAAAUCUCGGACAUCAUUAGUUCAGGAGUAAGUUGUUCUUUCCUUAUUAAUCGAUUCUGUGUUUAGGGAGUGCCGAGAUCAAUAUUCGAUCAAGACGACAGUGAAUACUCGUACUACGAAGACGAAGAUGAGUGGGAAAGCGAGAUAGAAGAAGUUGAGGUACAACAAGACAAAAGCAAAGAAGGUGACAAAGAACAGCCUGAAAAGGUAGAAGAAAAGAAAGAGACAAAGAAGGAAGAAGAAACACAACAGAAACAAGAAGAAAAGAAAAAACGAGAGUCAGAAAAGAAGAAGUUGGAAGAGUACAACAAGAAGUUAGACGAAGAACACAAGAAAGAAGAACAGAAACGAGUAGCCGAGUUGCUAAAGACAGGAGUAAGUUUAAAAAUAUAUAUAAACGUAAUAAAGCUUUGCUUAUGGAGACAAAGAAUAACAUAUAAUAACCUUUUAUUUAGGGAAUACCAAAGUCGGUGUUCGACCGCAGUGAGAGUGAGUACUCAUACUACGAAGAUGAAGACGAAUGGGAAACAGGUGAAAUCAGAAAAGACAAAGUUGAUGAAAAACCGAAAGAAUUCGAUAAACCGGAGGAAAAGAAUAAGGUUAAGGAAUCAGAUGCUGAAGAAAAGAAACGAAAAGAAGCUGAAAGACAAGAAAAAAAAGGAAAGAGAAGCAGAAAGGGAAGCGGAAAAGAAAAAAGAAAGAAGAAUACAACAAGAAACUGGACGAAGAGUUCAAAAAACAAGAAGAAAGAAGACUUUCAGAGUUGCUAAAAUCUGGGGUAAGUAAAAACCGUCCAAAAUAUCAAUUUUUAUUUAAAAAAAAUAUUUUUGACACUUCGUUCAAUGCCAUAACAUCUGUGACAUUUCGUUUCAGGGUAUUCCAAAGUCUAUUUUCGACCGGUCUGACGAUGAAUAUUCUUACUACGAAGAUGAGGACGAAUAUGAAGAUGAAACUUUCCCUGAUUCUCGGCAGACACAAGACCAAAACAGAAACGACAAUGAGCCCAAAAGUCAGCAAAAGACAAAAGAUGACCGACCAGCUGUAAGUUUCCGACCAGCUGUAUAUCUUUAAAAUCAUUUGUAUCUUAAGUUUUACCGAUCUUUAUGCAUUCUACUCCAAUAUCCUUUAUUUUUAGGCGGUAUUGAAGCCUGUAAUCGACUCUGACUCUGAGUACUCAUACUACGAUGAGAGUUCUGAAGAACCUGACGCAGAACUGACAAUCGAUUUGGGGCAAAAAAGAACUUUCGAUGACAAACCACAACAAAAAGAAGGUCGUUCAAAACAAGACCAGAAGUCAGAAGAAGAGGAUGAUGAAUAUACUCCUUCCAAAAAGAGUAAAAACAUAAAGAACAUAAACUCAGAAAGCCGAAAGAAGAAAGAAGGCCACGACAUUUCAACUAAAUUGACGGGUAAAGGAAAGAUCUUGGACAAUAUUGAGAUUGAACAAGAAACCCCACAAGAUGCUGAUACUGUGAAUAUGGCAGAAUUUCAUUUACCAAAGACAAAGUAUACAGAAGAAGACGACGCAGAAGACGAAGACAUGCCGAGAGACACCAGGAAAGGGCAGAAAGAGCCCCACGCUACAAAGAUAAAAGGAAUCGACAGUGAAAGUCGCAAGAAACCGAAGAGCGGGACAGUAAAAACGACAACUACUGAGAAAGGCAAGGUCGUGGAUCCGUACCAACAAGAAUAUACUACCCCUGAUAACGAAGACAACGUUACACAAGCCGAAUUCACUUUGCCCGGCCGAAAAUAUUCAUCAGAAGACACAGAAGUUGCACCAGAUAAGGCUACACCAAAAAAGCACAGUAAAAUAAAUGCCACAGCAAAAACGUCACAAAAGCCAGCCCAUCGACUUACAGAUUACGAUGAGAGUGUGAUUGACAAUGAUGAUGCAGACGAAGCCUUUUACGAACAGAAAAUGAAGCCAUUCAAAAAGAGUUUCGCGAAGCAGUCAUCUGAACAAGAGUUCGAACCUGAAGAAGUGACAUCAGUGAAACCUCUAAAACACGAUGUUAAGCUAAAGCCAAAAGAUGACGACACCAGUUCCUCAUACACUGCCAGCCUUCCUACAUCAAAAACUAACGACGCCAAGAGGCCAAGCUCUUCCAAACCUAAAGUGGACGACAAAAAACGUUCACCUGGUACCAAACAGCAUGAUGACGAUGAACUUGAACCUGAAGAACUGCCGACAGUAAAAUUGCCAAAGCACGACGUAAAACUGAAGCCAAAGAAGGAAGGUCCUAACGCUGAUUUUACAGCUAGUCUUCCAGCUCCUAAAUCUAAACCUAAAGAUUCUGCGAAGCCAGCAGACAAGCCUAAAUCAACCUCGUCAAAACCAAAAGAAGGUGACAAACAUAAAGACGCGGCAAAACCAGAAGAAAGGCCAAAAGAUAGAUCAAAACCCUCUUCAAAGAGGCCAGAAGACAAGUUUAAAUCAAGUUCUUUAAAACCGAAGGAAUGUGACAAACCAAAGCCUCAUUCCGGCAGGAAACCAGUAGAUGGUGAAGAACUUGAACCAGAUGAAAUGCCUUCAAAACAGCCUUCAAAGCAUGACAUAAGAUUAAAACCAACUGAAGACGAACCUAAUGCCGCAUUCACUGCAUCUUUUCCAACAUCUAAAACAAAACCAGACGAUAAGAAAAAAGCUACAUUAAAACCUGAAGACAAAGAAAAAGAACGGUCAAAGUCUCCUGCAAAGAAGCCAGAAGACAAAACUAAAUCAAGCUCAACAAAACCAAAAGAAAGUGGUAAGCCAAAAGAUUUAUCAAAACCGGAAGACAAGCCUAAAUCAAGCUCUACAAAGCCAAAGGAAGACGGAAAACCAAGGUCUCAUUCCACUAGGAAGGCUGACGAAGAUGAAGAACUCGAGCCAGAUGAAUUACCUACAGGAAAGUCUCCAAAGCAUGACAUAAAACUAAAGCCAAGGGAUGACGAGCCUAACGCGGACUUCACAACCAGCCUACCAACGUCAAAAUCAAAGCCUAAAGAUCCUGCAAAGCCAGAAGAAAAGCCUAAAUCAAGCUCAUCAAAACCAAAAGAAGGCCAAACACCGAGAUCGCGAUCUGUCAGAAAGCCGGAUGAAGAUGACGAACUGGAACCCGAAGAACUGCCUACAGGAAAAGUGCCAAAGCAUGACCUUAAACUCAAACCAAAAGAAGACGACCCCAACGCUGACUUCACAGCAAGCCUUCCUAUACCAAAAACAGCGAAACCCACAGAUUCAACAAAGCCGGAUGAAAAGCCGAAAUCAAGCUCGUCGAAACCAAAAGAUGCAUCAAAGCCAGACGACAAACUUAAGUCAACUCCUCCAAAGCCUAAAGAAAGUGAAAAACCAAAGUCGCGUUCCACCAGAAAGCCCGACGAUGACGAAGAGCUCGAAGCUGAUGAGUUGCCUAUGGGAAAAUCUCCAAAACACGACAUCAAACUGAAGCCUAAAGAAGAUGAUCCUAACGCUGAGUUUACAGCCAGUCUUCCAGCUCCUAAAUCUAAACCUAAGGAUUCUGCAAAGCCAGAAAACAAGCCCAAAUCGACCUUGUCAAAACCAAAGGAAGGUGAAAAACUCAAAGAUUCAUUAAAGCCGGAUGAUAAAAGUAAAGAACGAUCAAAGUCUCCUUUGAAAAAGCCCGAAGACAAACCAAAACCAAGUUCUUCAAAACCAAAAGAAGACGAAAAACCCAAGUCACGAUCCACCAAAAAGCUUGAUAGUGAAGAAGAGCUUGACCCAGACGAACUAUCAACAAAGAGGCCUUCGAAGCAUGAUAUAAAACUAAAGCCAAAGAAAGACGAGCCUGACGCUAACUUUACAGCCAGCUUACCAACGUCAAAAUCCAAGCCAAAAGAUUCUGCAAAGCCGGAUGAUAAGCCUAGAUCAACUUCGUCAAAGCCAAAAGUAGGUGAAAAGCCAAAAGAUUCCUUAAAGCCAGACAAUAAAAACAAAGAACGAUCUAAAUCUCCUUCCAAAAAACCCGAAGACAAAGCUAAAUUAAGUUCGUCAAAACCGAAGGAUAAGAAGCCUAAAUCCUCUAUUAAAACCCCCAGUGAAGACGAAGAACUUAAACCGGAUGAACUACCAGCUGUAAAACCUUCAAAACAUGACAUAAAACUCAAGCCAAAAGAGGAAGACCCAAAUGCUGAAUUCACAGCAAGCCUUCCAGCACCAAAAUCUGCAAAGCCAAAAGAUUCAACAAAACCGGAUGACAAACCGAAAUCAAGUUCAUCAAAACCGAAAGAAGGUGAACAACCAAGAUCUCGUUCUAUGAGAAAGCCUGACGAUGACGAAGAACUCGAACCAGAUGAGCUGCCAACGGGAAAACCUCCAAUGCGUGAUAUUAAACUGAAGCCUAAACAUGGUAAUCCUAACGCUGAUUUUACUGCCACUCCUCCAGUUCCUAAAUCUAAACCUAAAGAUGCUACAAAACAGGAGGACAAGCCUAAAUCAAGUUCUUCAAAAGCAAAAGAAAGUGAAAAACCUAAGGAAUCCUUGAAGCCAGACGAAAAAAAUGAAGAACGAUCAAAGUCUCCUGCAAAGAAGCCCGAAGACAAACCUAAAUCAAGCGCUUCAAAACCUAAAGAUAGCAAAAAACACGGUGACAAUGAACUUGAACCGGAUGAAUUGCCAACAGCUCAGUCUCCAAGACAUGACAUUAAAAUAAAACCAAAAGAAGACGAACCGAACGCUGAUUUUACGGCCGAUCUUCCAGCCCCCAAUUCUUCUAAGCCUGGUGAUAAGCCGAAAUUAAGCUCAUCAAAACCAAAAGAAACUAGUAAGCCUAAAGAUCCAUUAGAUUCAGAUGACAAACCUAAACACAGCGCGUCAAAGCCCAAAGUGAGCGAGAAACCCAAAUCUUCAAGCAAAAAACCAGAUGAUGACGAAGAACUCGAACCGGAUGAGUUGCCAACGGGAAAAUCUCCAAAGCAUGAUAUUAAACUUAAGCCUAAAGAGGAUGAUCCUAAUUCUGAUUUUACAGCCAGUCUUACAGCUCCGAAAUCUAAACCUACAGAUUCUGCAAAGCCAGAGGACAAGCCUAAAUCAAUCUCUUCAAAACCAAAGGAAAGUGAAAAACCUAAGGAUUCAUUAAAGCCAGAUGCGAAACGUAAAGAACGAUCAAAGUCUCCUUCAAAGAAGCCCGAAGACAAACCAAAAACAAGUUCUUCGAAACCCAAAGAUAGUGAGAAACCAAAAAGUUCUUCAAAGCCAGAAGACAAACCAAAGUCACAUUCUGUAAAAAAGCCUUCCGAUGACGAGGAACUCGAACCAGACGAGUUGCCAACAGGAAAGUCUCCUAAGCAUGACAUAAGACUGAAACCAAAGGAUGACGAGCCAGACGCAGAUUUUACAGCCAGUCUUCCAGCCCCCAAGUCUGCAAAGUCUGACGAUAAGCCCAAAUCAAGUUCUUCGAAACCUGACAAGCCAAAAGAAACUCUAAAACCCACAGAAAGACCGAAAGAAAGAUCAAAAUCUCCUGCAAAGAAACCCGAAGACAAAUCAAAGGAAGGUGAGAAACCCAAAGAUGGCAAAAAACCGAGAUCAAGCUCUUCGAAACCUAAGGAAUUAUUAAAGCCCGAGGACAAACCCAAAGAACGAUCCAAAUCUCCUUCCAAGAAACCAGAAGAAAAACCAAAAGAAGUUGAUAAACCCAAUGACAAACCCAAAUUAAGCUCUCAAAAGCCUGAAGUUAGCAAAAAACCAAAAAUGCCAAAUGAAGACAAAGAAUUUGAACCGGAUGAGUUACCUACAGGAAAGUCUCCAAAGCACGACAUAAAACUCAAGCCAAAAGAAGAUCCUAAUACUGACUUUACGGCUAGCCUCCCAGCAAAGCCUAAGGUACCUUCAAAGUCAGGAGAAAAGCCAAAAUCAAGCUCAUCGAAACCAAAAGAAAGCGAAAAAACGACAUCACAUCCAAGCAAAAAACCUGAAGACGAAGAGUUUGAACCGGAUGAGUUACCAACGAAAAAAUUUCCAAAGCAUGACAUUAAACUGAAGCCUAAAGAGGAUGAUCCUAACGUUGAUUUUACAGCUAGUCUUCAAACACCAAAACCGAAAGAUUCUGCGAAACCAGAAGAAAAACCUAAAUCAAGCUCUUCAAAACCCGCCGACAAGCCAAAAGACACUUUGAAGCCUGGUGAAAAACCAAAAGAACGAUCAAAGUCUCCAUCAAGGCCAGAUGACAAACUUAAAUCGAGUCCAUCGAAACCGAAGGAGGAUGAUAAGCCAAAACACAGCGCAAAACCAAAGCCUUCAGAAAAGCCAGAUGAAAAGUCUAAAUCAAGUUCAUCAAACCCAAAGGAAGGUGAAAAACCAAAAGAACGGUCGAAUUCUCCUGCAAAGAAGCCAGAAGACAAACCGAAAUCAAGUUCGUCGAAGCCCAAAGAAGGCGAGAAGCCAAAAGAAGGUGAAAAACCAAAAAGUUCUCCGAAACCAAAAGAUUUGUUAAAACCUGACGAAAAACCAAAAGAAAGGUCCAAAUCUCCAUCAAGGCCAGAUGACAAACCCAAGACAAGCUCAUCAAAACCCAAAGAAGGCGAGAAGCCAAAAGGUACGCUAAAGCCAGGUGAAAAGCCAAAAGAAAGAUCAAAAUCUCCAUCUAAGAAGCCAGAAGACAAACCAAAAACAAGUACGUCAAAGCCGAAAGACGGCGAGAAACCAAAAGACAAAGAGAAGCCAAAAGAUACUUUGAAGCCAGGUGAUAAGCCGAAAGAAAGAUCCAAAUCCCCAUCCAAGAAAACAGACGACAAACCAAAAUCCAGUUCAUCCAAGCCAAAGGAAGGAGAGAAGCCGAAGGAAGGGGAGAAACCAAAGGAUACGCUAAAGCCUGGUGAAAAACCUAAAGAAAGGUCAAGAUCUCCAUCCAAGAAACCAGAAGACAAACCAAAAACAAGUUCAUCAAAGCCAAAAGACGGCGAGAAACCAAAAGAUACGUUAAAGCCAGGUGAAAAGCCAAAAGAAAGAUCGAAGUCUCCUUCAAAGAAACCAGAAGACAAACCAAAAUCAAGUACAUCAAAGCCAAUGGAAGGCGCGAAACCGAAAGACGGCGAUAAGCCGAAAGAUACGUUGAAACCAGGUGCAAAGCCAAAAGAACGAUCAAAAUCUCCUUCAAAGAAACCCGGAGACAAAGAAAAAGCAAAACCAAAGGAAGGCAAAAAGCCGAAAACUUCAUCAAAGCCAAAGGACAAAAAAGAAAAGGCAGACCCCAGUGAAGAAGACAACAAUAGUGAACCAGCUAGCCACAAUGACAGUAAUGACAGCGAAAAUGAUGAAGAUAAGCCUCGCAAAAAACCUAGACGAAAGAGAAGACCAACGAGAAAGCCUACAGGUGAAGACGACGAUGAUGAUACACCAGCGAAGAAAGGUAAAGAUAACAUUAAAAUUUUUUAAAAAGAAUUUUAGGAAAAAGAGGGAGAAGCCGGUCCAAGAAACCAACAAAAAGGCCGAAAGAACCAGAACCGGAAGAAGAGGAACCUCCCAAACCAAAAUGGGUCCCACCGCCUAGGCCUCCUCCAGACACCUACGAGAUGCCGCCACAAGAGAAACCCUUGGUGGAGCGGCUGCGUGAAGAGAAGAUUGACCCUCGAAAGUUCUACUCCAAGAAAACUCAUGUGUAAGAUGUUGUUUACUCUUACAUCAACUUGAUGUAUAUUUUCAGAGAAACUAACAUACCUUUUGUGAUACCAUGGGAGCAAGCCCCUGCUUUGAUAAGUCAAGAAGGAAUGGGUGCUUUUGGAGCACAAAGAGGCGCCAAAGCACACAUUGACGAUGGGCAUCUUAAGCUAACUCAGGUAUUUGCCAUUAAGAUGCUUAUACUUUUUUAGGGCGACCUGAAAUCCGAGAACACCUUGACAUUGUUUGAAGAAGGAGCAAAGACAGUAGCAUCACAAAAGGGAGAAAGAUCGUUCGGCUCACACAGGUCAAACGUCGACAAAGUUGUGGACAACCAUCAUUACGAAAGUGAUCCGAAAGUGAGUGAUAUUCACCUCUUAAACCCUUUGUAUUUAUAAUAGCUUAUUGUCAUAACGAAAAUGCAGUAAGCAACAAUUUUAAUUUCAGCUAAAACUAUGUGAAACGGUUAUUCCACAAAUCAACAGAGGUCUUCUUACUAGCCAGCAAGGAAUGGAGAUGGGUAAUCUGAGACAUCAGGUAAGCUGUUAUGUAUGCUUAAUAAAUUUGCUUAACUCUUUAGACAACGAAAGUCAAGUAUGCAAAGGGCAUGACACCUGGAUUCGACAAAGAAGGUAACAAGUUCUUAAGCCGACAAUUUAAACCUAAUUCGACUGAGGUGGCGGGAAGCAACCUCAUCGACACACGUCGUGCCAUUGUCCAAACUGUAAAUGUAAGUUUUGACAUGUUGUUAUUUUCUGUAAAACAAUAUAAAAACAGAAAACAUCUUACUAUAUGAAUUGCACAAUGACUGAUACUUUACGAAACUGAUUUACAGGGGGUGGAACUAAAAAUGUGCCCAGAAUCAGACGGAAUUAUCCCAAAGCUGUUUUCGGUCGAAGAUAUAGAAAUAAAGUCAGGAGCUGACUUCGGAUCUUUCCGGCCAAUGUUCCAGGAUUCUGAAGGCGGCUACAGAAUGACGUACGAAGAAGAAGUCAAGUGUAAAAUGGCCAUUCCUUUCCAGGUAUAAAACAAAUUAUCAUAAAACAAUUGUAUGCAAUGUGUUAACUAUCAUACAUUAUCACAUUGACAUAUCAUUGUCUUUACACUAAAUUCAAUAAAAGCAAAAAAAGACAAGAUAUAACUUACAUACUAUUUCAGACAGCUCCAUCUCUUCUCUACUUCACCCAGCAAUAA